UUUAUCUGCAUCUCAGUGUUUAGAAAGAAGUCAUGUGAGCUUCUGAGCUGCGGGGACAGAGACAGUGGAGAACGUGUGCAUCAGUGCAGAGUGCUGCUGGAGCCCUGGCAGAGCGAGAGGGAGGCAGAGGGAGCCUGAGAGAGAAAAGGCGAAGUGGUGGGAGCUGGAACAGCAGCAACUGCUGCUGCUGCACGAUGCAGCUCAUGCCUGGGAACCGGCUCUGCUGCCAGCACGCCUCUCUGAGGGCGCAGGUGCCUCACAUCCAAAAGUCCUAGGUGGUCAGUGGCACUUCCAGGAGCCAAGCGCAGCAGCUUUAUUCUUUUCUUUUCCUGCCAAGAGCACCUGUUUGAGGACUCCGCUUCUUUUCCUGGACUGAAAGCAUACUUGCCUCCUGCUGUGUGCACUCCUCCUUGUCUCCCUCCUGCCCGUGGGGACUGUACCCCUAUGGAUGCCCCCAUACAGAUUUUCCGUGAGGAGCCAGACUCCACCUGCUCCCCAGGGCCCUGCCGACCCCCCAGCACUAGCAGCAGCUGGCUCCCGGGCUGGGCAGACUAUGACAGCAAUGCCACUGGGCUCUUUGGGGACGGCCAGCACAACCACACCAGCAUCUCCCCCGCCAUUCCCAUCAUCAUCACCGCUGUCUACUCGGUGGUCUUUGUUGUUGGCUUGGUGGGAAACUCCCUGGUCAUGUUUGUCAUCAUAAGGUACACAAAGAUGAAGACAGCGACCAACAUCUACAUCUUCAACCUGGCUAUGGCAGAUGCACUUGUUACCACGACCAUGCCUUUCCAAAGCACUGAGUACCUGAUGAACUCCUGGCCCUUUGGUGACGUGCUGUGUAAAAUAGUGAUUUCUAUUGACUAUUACAACAUGUUCACCAGCAUUUUCACACUCACCAUGAUGAGUGUUGAUCGAUACAUUGCUGUGUGUCACCCUGUGAAGGCUCUGGACUUUCGUACACCUCUCAAAGCAAAGAUAAUCAACAUCUGUAUCUGGCUGCUGUCCUCAUCUGUUGGUAUAUCAGCAAUAGUUCUGGGAGGCACCAAAGUCAGGGAAGAUACUGCUAGCACUGAAUGCUCCUUGCAGUUUCCAGACAGAGAUUAUGUGUGGUGGGACAUCUUCAUGAAAAUCUGUGUCUUUGUCUUUGCGUUUGUUAUUCCGGUUCUCAUUAUAAUUGUUUGCUAUACUCUGAUGAUUCUGCGCCUGAAAAGCGUACGGCUUCUCUCCGGGUCUCGAGAAAAAGAUCGAAACCUGCGCCGCAUCACCAGGUUGGUGCUCGUGGUUGUGGCAGUUUUUAUCAUCUGCUGGACUCCUAUUCACAUUUUCGUGCUGGUUGAGGCCUUAGGGGACGUGUCCCACAGCACUGCUGCCAUAUCCAGCUAUUACUUCUGCAUUGCUUUGGGUUACACCAACAGCAGCCUCAACCCAAUCCUUUAUGCCUUUUUGGAUGAAAACUUCAAGAGAUGCUUCAAGGACUUCUGCUUCCCCUUCAAGAUGAGAAUGGACAGGCAGAGCACCAGCAGAGUCAGAAACACUGUGCAAGACCCAGCUUACAUGAGGGAAGCAGGUGGGGCAAACAAACCUGUAUGACUAGUCGUGGAAAUGUCCUCUUACUGUCCUCAGGAGAGAGAGGAGUCCAAUGACCUAGGACUGACACAGAUUACGACUGCAGUUUGAGAUUGACUCACCCAGACAGACAUUUCUGGAAUAUUUCAGAAAUCCCAGCAGUUUGAACUAAAGCAAGUUUAUUAUUGAUAAACAAGAAUCUCCUGAAAAUUGGCUCAAAUGAAAAGCACCUGGAUGAUGGUCAGGUUUUGGCACCGUAUCUGCUGUACUUUGGCCGGCACCAAAACACACUUUUGCAGAGUGAAGAGAUAAUGUUGCACCAGGUGAUUCCAGAUGAGAAUGGUUCUCACUCUUCUCUUUACAACAGGUAACAUUGUAAAAGGCAACAUUUGGUCAUAAAACUGAACUAUACCAGAAACUUCUGCCCCACCAGUGAUUGCUUCUAAAGUAUGGAGUUUGAUAACUUGAUCCUCUUUAACAGUAAAGAGUGUUAGGUUUCUGUGAAAAAUGCCACAGCUGUAAUCAAUAUUGUCUUCAAUUAAUAU